UACUUCCGCUUCCCUUCCCGCUGUUGCAGUCUGGUCUCUGGUCUCGUCCGUGGUUGUUUUUGCUUGAUUUGGUUGCCGAUUUUGAUAAAUUGGUUCAGAUUCCACUCGAAAUCUGGGAUUCCUGUCCUGGAGAAUCUUUUAUGAAACGUACCUAGUUGUGGAAAGAACGUCUGAUGCCUCCCAAGAAGCAAAUAAGCAGGAAAAGGAAAUCGGCUGCAGAAGGCAUUGAAGGCAACGAUGCAGAUCCACCCUCUGCAAGGCCUGCAGCCCCUGCUGACUUGUGGCCAUCAAGGAUGGGUGAAAGACUGAAGGAUGAGCUGACCCUGUACACCGAGGGCUACUUUUAUGACUGCACAUUUGAAGUUGGCUGUAAAAUGGCUACAAAGGUCUUCAAAUGUCACAAAUUGACACUUGCUCGAGCAAGCCCUGUUCUUGCUCAAAUGCUGUAUGGCAACGAUUCCAAUGACAAAGAUGAUCCCAUUCAGAUCAAAAGCGUUCAGCCCGUUAUAUUUGAUUUGGUCAUGAGAUAUGUUUAUGGAGGCGAAACUGACUUCAAAGAUGUGGAAACGGCCUGCAAAAUCUACAAGAUUUCUCAAGAGUGGCUGAUUAAAGACUUGACAAAAGCUACGUCAAAUUUCUUGCUGAAUCCAAGCCCCAAGGAUGUCAUCACUGUGCAUGAAAUGUUCAAAUCUAUGAGUGAUAACUCUCACUCCAAAGAUCUUCUUGAGAUCAUUGCCUCUAACACAAGCUCAGUUCUAAAGUCGGAUGCUUGGCUGAAAUCAUCUGCUUCUACAGUCUUGGAAAUAUUUCGAAUGAACCAUUUGAAAGUUGAGUCUGAAAAGGAGCUCUUCGAGGCUUUGUACUUGUGGGGAUCUGCUGGUGGCAACAAGGAGACCAAUAUUAAAGUAGAAGAAAUCAGGUCUGAGACAAAGGAUGCUUUGAAAUUUAUCCGUUUUAUGACCAUGGAUGCAGUGGAAUUUGGAGAACUGUGCAAAUCCGAGUGUGCCAAAAUGAUGACUGAUGAAGAUAAGUUGAAAGUUCUCUUGAGCAUUGUCCAGGCUGACGUAAGUCUCUUGCCUGAAAAUGUCUCAACCAUUAGGUGCCAUCGCAAAUUGCAUAAUACCAAACAUCUGAAUCACAAUUUCAUUUUCUCAAGAAGUUCUUCUGAGGAAGUCCAUUUGAACUGUGAAAGUAACAAGUCCGUGUUGACAUUUGCAACUGGUUGCAGUAGAUACUAUUUGCAAGGGAUCCAACUGCAAUGUCUUAGUCAAAGAUCAGAAGUUGAUUUGAUUUGCAAGGUUACUUUUGCUCAUUCACCAAAUGCCCUUGCCACUCUCUCAUUCAAAGGUAUUCCACCAACUGACAAUCAUACUUUUCUCAGAUUCCCACAUGAGGUGCACCUCCAGAAAAAUGUCUUUUACACCAUUUCUGUUCAAUAUUUCCAUAAAAAUCCAGUCAAGUCAAUCUCCUAUUCAAAGUUUUCAAAUGAGUGGGUUUGGGAUAAGAAUGGCAUGUAUUCGGAUUUGAAACUAUUUGUGACAGAAAAAAAUACGAAGUUAACAGACAUCACUGCAUUGCGACUUAUUCAGUGCACCAAAUAAAAUCUGAGAAUCAAAUAUCUGUACAUUCUAAUAUUUUUUAAUCCUAAAAUCAAUAAAAAAAAACCAAAAAUCAAUAAAAAGGA